AUGAAUAGAUUCUUGAUAUUUUUCUUCAUUUUAAUAAAUUUUCAUGCAAUUUUUGCUAAAAUUCAUGGGCAUCAUCGCAUUAUUGGCGGAAAAAAGGCUUUUGAAGGACAAUUUCCAUUCAUCGUGCUCAUCAAUUACAAAUGUGGCGGCUCAGUUUUAACCGAAAAUCAUGUACUAACCGCUGGUCAUUGCGUCACAUUUUUAGAUUAUCGCGGAAAAUUUCACUUUUUUCAAAAGUUCGUCCUCAUGUUUGGCCAAACUCGCGUCGAAAAUAACCAAAAUUGGGUUCAUCGGACAGCUAAGAAAGUCAUGUUGCAUGAAAAUUUCUCAUUUAAUGGUCAAAUUUUCUUCAAUGACAUCGCAAUUUUAGAAUUUUCCAAGCCUCUGGAAUUUGGAAAGACAAUUCAAGCCGUCAAACUUUCUCAAAUUUCCGAUGAAGCUGAAAUAGCUUCGAAAUUUUUUACAACAAUUGGAUGGGGAUUGACUGAUGAUGGAUAUCAAUCGAACGAUUUGUUAUUUGUCGACAUGAAAACCAUUUCCCUGGAUGAAUGUCAAGCAACUUUAGAUGAAAUUCUUUAUAAAUCAUUUAAAUUGAACGAAGGGAUUAUGUGUGUUGAGUCAACAUCGCUGCAUCCGCUUGGGGCAACGUGCAAUGGCGACUCGGGAGGUCCAUUAGUGGUCGAGGGCACAAAUUUGUUAGUUGGCAUCACAAGUUGGGGUCCCAAUAAUUGCACAAGAAAGCCACAUCCGUACGGAUUUACUCGCGUUGCCUUCUACUUGGACUGGAUUUAUGGCAAAAUCGGCAAAAAAUGAUGA